AUGAGCCCUGCCCUCAGCGCCUCUUCUGCGUCUGCUGUGUAUUUGGUGACACCUCACAAGACUAGUCCCUUCUGGGGUAUCGGAGCCUCGGGGUGCCCCGUCCCCUCCCCAUCAGUUUUGGCACCUGUAACCUCCUGGAACAUGAAGGACUGUGCUCCGAGGCCAUGCUCUGAGCCCGUGAGAGCAGAGACUGGAAGGGCGAGCCCGGGUGCUACGGAGGGGAGAGAAGGGCGCUCUGUCUCUCCAGACCAUCACUGCACUUUAACCAGGGUCUUAGGUACAAAAUCCUGCUUUCCAGAGCCUGCCAGCUCUGGAACCUCAAACAUCCUCAUGCUCUCUCCUAGCUCCUUUUGCAUAAAAAAAGAAAAAAAAAGUAAGAAAAAGAAAAAACACACAUUGAAACCCACAUGGAGGAAAGAGGUGUUUUCCUUUUAUAUUGAUAUUUAA